AUGCUUAACUUUUACCCAUUUUUCCCAUUUUUUCAAAAACGUACCUGGAGAGAAAAUGCGACAAGAAAAAUAGAUUUAACCAUUUGGAAAUCUGAAAAGAAUGAAGUUCCAUAUGCACCUUAUUAUAAUAGUAAAUUGGGAGAGAAAUUUAUGAGCCUAGAUAAAAAUGAUGAGAUCUAUAAAUAUGUAUUAAAAGAGUUUGAAAAAUAUCCUAGGAAUGGUGGGGAAUGUUUUGCCGCCGCAAUUGCUUAUUUUGAUUCUCAAGAGUUGAUAAAAGAACAUUUCUUUUUUGAUAAAAAAGAUUUUAAAAAUUAUGCCAUUGCCGAAUAUUUGGUACAAUACUUUCAAUAUAAAGCUUUUGGUUAUAAAUAUUUUUCUUUACUCGCAAAUUAUAUAUAUGACAAAGGUUGUUGUUGUGCAAAUUAUGAAAAUACUCAAAUUUUGGAAAGAAUUCAAUCAAAAAUCAGAACUUUUACGGGAGACGAUUCUAUUAUAAAAUUCUUUAAUGAAGAAGAACAUAAUUACAAAUAUGAUGAGAAAUCUUUGCCAGAUCAAUUUAGUGGAAAAACCGUCUCCACAGAUUUAAUUCAAUUAAAAUGUUACUGUUUAUUUGCAAAGAAUUUUGAAGAGAAAACGGAAUUAAGUAACAAAGAAGAGAUAAUGAAUCUAAAGGAAACGAUCCAAAAGUUAACUGAUGAAUUAGAAUAUGAAAGAUCAUUAAGACAAAAUCAGGAAUUAAAUUAUGAAGAGGUUCAUUUGGAAGAAUUGAUUUGUAAAGCAAAAUCCAAGAUUCAAAAGGAACAUCAUGUUUUAUUAGAAUCUCUUCUUGAAACUCAGGAACAAUUAACUCGUCUACAACGAUCAGAAGAUCUUGAUGUACAAACUCUUCAAUUGUCUAAACGUCGAUUAGAAGAUGAUAAGCUUGCUUUACGUGAUCAGCUCAGUAGAGAUGAAUUACAAACUCUAUGUGAAAUGAAAGAAAAAUUUACAAAACUGCAGAUAAAAAUGGAACAAAAUUAA